AUGAAUUCUUCAUAUAGAAAGUAUAUCUUAGUUUCUUCUCCACACACUUACAACAUGAGUAAAUACCAUCUGCCCCGAGCUGUACUCAUGCAGCCUGAUUUCCACCCUGCUAACUGGAAAAAAACAUCUGUAAGGAGAGGGGGUUUUGCCCGAGGUCUGCAAGAAUCUGUUUCUGAAAGCUUGGUUCAGGAGGGAUGGUACCAGUCAGAACUCCAGCAGUGGAUUUGUGAAAAUGAAAUACUGCUGGGCCUGUUUUCUGAUGAGACAGAGAGUGACAGCUUAGAAGAAGACAGCUUGGAGGUGAUGAGUUUAGAAGAGGAUGAAGGACCUGAGUAUGACACACAUGGAACCCAAAAGGAUGAUGGUACCAGAAGUAGGAAACACCAGUCUGUGGACAAGUAUUUCCGUGUAACAGACAAACCUAACUGCAAGAACACAAAAAACCCAUCAGAAGAAUUUCCCAAGGCAGAAAAAGGAUUUCAAGCUGGUAGAGGAGACACCAUGGACUUUUCACAGGAAUCAUUUUACCUCCAUGCCAUUAAUGGCUCUGAGAAAGAAAGGCAUCAACAGCAGGAAAAGCCCCCAGAAUCCUUCUCAGAGUUUGGUGCAAAGUCUCGAAGUUUUCUUGAGCCAAAAGCCAUGGUGAGCAGAGAACUUCCCAAGCUACACACCAAAGAGAAGGGAUCUGCAGAUGGCUCUCAUUUCAGAGGUGCUCCCAGUGCUUUUUCUCUUCAGACUCAAGAAGGUCGAGCACAGAGAGCAAAAAAAGACUUUGUGGAAAAAAAUAAACAGACUUUAGGGUUACGUACAGAGAAGACAAAUUCCUACCUGCAAUUGCACAGUAAAAAACAAGAAGUUCUUCAAAAGCAGGUUGCAGAUCCUAAAACUGUUGAUGAGGAGCCAGAACAGAGUGUCCUACCACGCCAGCCUGGGGAUGUGAAGCCUGAAGAGAUGUGGAACCUGAGGGCACAGCAGCUCAAGGAACUCCAAAAUAAGCACUCCAAGAGAAAUAAAUCAAAAUCCCACCAGAAUCUCAAAGGAAGAGCUUUCCCAAGGGAUGAUAGACAAAAGCCAGCAGGAAAACCAGCAGAAGAGAAGUCUAACUCCCUCCAAACUUCAAAAAUUCAGACUGCUCCUGUGCAGAAAGUGGAGCAAGACAACAGCAGCAAGCCCCAGAAAUCACACGCCAGCAAGGAGAACAAGGAUCAGCAUGAUCCUCUGAAUGGCCUUCUAGAUGACCAGCAAACUUUAUACAACCAUCCCAGUGUGCAGCUUUCUGCAAGAGAGGACAAUGCCAAUGGUCAAGCACAUCCAAACCAGGGGAAUAUUUCAUCUGCUUUUGAUGGCAGUUUUCAAGAACUGGUGCAGCAUCCAGGCUCACUUCAGAACAGCAAAAGACAUAUUCAUGUGGAUAAAAGGCCUUCUCCAUCUUCUGUUCACAGUUCCCAAACAGCCCUCUGGACAAUCUCCCAGUUCACACAAACCAUGGAGCAACAGCACCAAGAAAUCCCAGCAGCUCCCACACCUGGCAGGCAUCUCAGCACCAUACUGCCACCCCUAAUCCCACAAGGAAAAAGUGCUCCAGAGACAGAUCCAGAAAGCCAAGGAGGAAAUCCAGGGAAAAAAAGCCAAAGCAUCUCAGGACACUUAAUGCAAAGGGAAGGGCAAAAAAGGCCUGAAGACAGCAAAAAGCCAUCUAGCUCCAAACCCUACAUAAAUCUGAAUGUGAAGCUUGGAGGCCUUGGACCUGACUAUGAAACAAUCAAAGAGACAAAAGAGAAGUUAAAGCAACAAAAGGAAUAUGCAAAGCAAGUUAAGGAAUACAACAUGAAAAACACUGCAGUUCAGAGGCUACCUGCAAAACCCCCAGUGGUGCCUUCAGCAUCAAGACAGAAGGCACUGGAAUAUGCUAAGACCAUUCCCAGACCAAAGGUUCUCACAGGAAGAAAAGCAAAGGAAGAGGUGAGAGAGGAAAGAGUUCUGCCCCAGACUUUAAAUGGCAACAAUUUACCCCCAAUUACAUCCCUGGAAACUUUGCAAGAUAGACACAAGAAGGAGAAGCAAGUUGCAGCAGCUUUGAGAACCCUCCAUAUUUUCUAA